AGGAGAAGAGCCAGAGUGAGAGGAUUUAAAGGAUUUAAGAGCUUGUCCACGGUGCUGGAAGCAAUAAGAAGAAGAAGAAGAAGAAAUGGUUUUGGGGAAUGGGGUUUUCAUAUCCAUUAUGAAAAGGGGCUUCAGGCGUCUAUUUGGAUUUGGGAUGCUGCUGCUUCCCACCACUUCUCAGAUUUUGGUAUGUAAUAAAUCAUCCAAGUCCGAUCCGUUGCUCCUCAGAUUGCUUCAAGAACCGAUCUCCAGAUUCAAAAUAGCUCUGGACCUCGAAGAGGAUUUGACUCUCCCUAACGAUCCCUUCUUUUGGAGACCCCUUAUCACUGCCCUCAGGUCGUCUUCUCCUCAGAAAGCCCAGCUGGUCUUGGAAUGGAGGUUAGAGAAAAUGCUGGAAAAGAAUGACAGAGAUCAUUGUUGUUAUUCUGAGCUUAUUUCUCUCUGCGAGAAAGCUCAGAAUGUCCCAUUUGCAAUGCGGGUCUUUACUUCCAUGGAGGCUCACGGAAUCAGACCUACUUCCACAGUUCUCAACUCUCUGAUCUCUACUUGCUUGUCUUCAGGUAAUGUAAUGACAGCCCUCAGCUUGUUCGAGAUCAUGGAAAGAUCUGAGGAACACAAACCCAGUUGUGGCACUUAUAAUGCCUUCAUAUCUUUCUACUCAAAAUUGGGUGAUGCUAAGGCCAUGCAAGCCUGGUUCUCAGCUAGAAAGGCUGCUGGGUUUUGUUCAGAUAUUCAAACUUAUGAAUCUGUCAUCAUAGGCUUGGUCAAAUCAAAACACUUCGAUCCUGCUGAUAGGUUUUACGAAGAAAUGAUGAUGUCAGGAAUCACGCCUACAGUAGCCAUACUGGAAGCUAUGCUUGAUGGAUUAUGCGAACGCAAGAAACUCAGUAACAUUAAAGUGUUUUUGAAGUUCAUAUUGGAUGGAGGAUGGGGACUGAAUGGUAAGAUGGUAGAGAAGCUCCUUGCUUUGUAUUUGGAACAAGGGAAAGUGGAAGAGAUGGAGGAACUACUAGGAGUUCUAAAAAUGUCCAAUCCAGACCCAGGAGUUCUGCCACAGGUGCACUGUGGGAUUAUAAGGAUGUAUGCCACAGCAGACAGAUUGGAUGAUUUGGAGUAUUGUGUUGGGAGAAUGCUGAAGCUAGGGAUGUCAUUCACCUGCCCCGAUGACGUUGAGAAGAUUAUAUGCUCAUACUUCCGGAGGGCCGCCUAUGAGAGGUUGGAAAUGUUUCUGGAACGAAUACGGGGAUCUCACGUGCUCACAAAAUCCACUUUUGAUUUAUUAGUUGCCGGUUAUCGAAGAGCUGGGCUAUCUGAGAAAUUAGAUCUGGUGAUCAAGGAUAGGAAGUUGGCUGGAUUUUCUUAGUGCUUGAGUGGCAUUCUGCAAUGCAUCAUGUUUCCCCUUCAUGUGCUAUAUCUGUAGUCUGCAGUUUUGUCAGUAGCAGACACACAGGUUAUAUGUUGUCUGUAUCCUAUCUCUGUGGGUCAGUUUAUUUGAGGUACAUUUGUGCAUUGCAUUUGAUGCACUGGAAUUGGUUCAACUGCUGCACUUAGCUAGCAAAUUAUGAAGAAUGGUGAUUGUGAGGAAUUCCCUCGACAAAGUUCCACCCUCUGGGUUGGCUAUGGUCAUUUGAUUUUGAUAGGUACCAAAUGUCAUGAGUGAAAGGGGCAAGGGACAAAGGAUCACAUUUGCAGUCACUGGAGAAGAUUAUGGCAUUCCUGAUGGGAAUGUGGUUUAUUUCAGUUUGCAUCUUGAGGUCAAUGAAUUUUUGUACAAUAUCUUAUUAUUCUCAAGUCCACAAGGGGGGGAAGAUUUUGAGGCUCUGCUUCAAAAUUUGAACAGAAUGCAUGCUGAAAUCACAGAGAUUGGUCCAGUUGCUUCUAAGUGGAAGAAUGAAACUUCAUUAACUGGCAGUGUUAGAUUCUCCAGUGCGCGAAAAGCUGCUCCAUUCUAGGAGAAUGAAAGAAAAGUGGAAGGAAGGUGAGGGGAAAAAUGAUCUUGACCGAGAUGCCCUAAAAGCCUCAUUAUGUUAGAAAUAUCCAAAGAUGAAAUUUGAUUAAUAAAUUGCAUUUCUAGUC